AUGUCGUCUCCAUCCGAAAGCCCGUCAAGAUCCAGUACUCCCUCUGACAAUACGAAUGCGAUCCCAGAUGCCGGUCUGCAAGAGCCCGACCUUCCUCUUACUCUAGCAUCGUCCAUGAUUCUCACCUCGUUGCCUCGAGAUGCUGCCUCUGCUCUCUCGGCCGCUGGAGAAUUUCCGAAGCCUAAAGUCACUGUCCAUUUCAAAGCAGUAGGCAGCGCACCGUCAGUGAGAAACCAAGUCUGCAAGAUUUCUAGCACCCAAAGAUUCGAGGCUGUGGUUAGCUAUCUGAGAAGAACUCUCCAAGUAGGCCCGACGGACAGUGUGUUCCUAUACGUGAACUCCAGCUUCGCGCCAGCAUUAGAUGAGAUUGUGGGGAACUUGCACAGGUGCUUCAAAGACUCCAACGACCGGCUGAUUGUUUCCUAUUCGAUGACGCCCGCGUUUGGUUGA